GUCUCGCGCGGCCUGUACUGCGCACGCGCGCGGGGGGGGUUUUGCGUCCUCUCGCGAGAGGAAGGUGCCAUCUCUAUUCCGGAGUGGUCCCCAGCGGUUGUUAGAAAGCGCCUGUUCUCCUUCGCCCACCAUGGCGUCCGUGGGGACCCUCGCCUUCGAUGAGUAUGGGCGCCCCUUCCUCAUCAUCAAGGAUCAAGACCGCAAGUCCCGUCUCAUGGGGCUUGAGGCCCUCAAGUCUCACAUUAUGGCUGCAAAAGCUGUAGCAAACACAAUGAGAACAUCACUGGGACCAAACGGGCUGGAUAAGAUGAUGGUAGAUAAGGAUGGCGAUGUAACUGUAACAAAUGAUGGUGCCACCAUUCUAAGCAUGAUGGAUGUUGAUCAUCAGAUUGCCAAGCUUAUGGUCGAACUGUCCAAAUCCCAGGAUGAUGAAAUUGGAGAUGGAACCACAGGAGUGGUUGUCCUGGCUGGUGCUUUGUUGGAAGAAGCUGAGCAGCUGCUGGACCGAGGCAUCCACCCAAUCAGAAUUGCCGACGGCUAUGAACAGGCUGCCCGAAUUGCUAUAGAUCACCUGGACAAGAUCAGUGAUCAUGUGCUUGUUGACAUAAACAACCCUGAACCCCUAAUUCAGACUGCAAAAACCACGCUGGGCUCCAAAGUGGUGAACAGCUGUCAUCGACAAAUGGCUGAAAUCGCUGUGAAUGCCGUCCUCUCUGUGGCAGACAUGGAGCGAAGAGAUGUUGACUUCGAGCUCAUCAAAGUGGAAGGCAAAGUGGGCGGGAGGCUGGAGGACACAGAACUUAUAAAGGGUGUGAUCGUUGAUAAGGACUUCAGUCACCCACAGAUGCCAAAAAAAGUGGAGAAUGCUAAGAUUGCAAUUCUCACGUGUCCAUUUGAGCCACCUAAACCAAAGACAAAGCACAAGCUGGAUGUGACCUCUGUGGAGGACUACAAAGCCCUGCAGAAAUACGAAAAGGAGAAGUUCGAAGAGAUGAUUGAACAGAUUAAAGAAACUGGUGCUAACCUGGCUAUUUGCCAGUGGGGCUUUGAUGAUGAAGCCAAUCAUUUACUUCUUCAGAAUGCCCUCCCUGCAGUUCGCUGGGUAGGAGGACCUGAGAUUGAGCUGAUCGCCAUUGCAACAGGAGGGCGGAUCGUCCCCAGGUUCUCAGAGCUUACCCCUGAGAAGUUGGGCUUUGCCGGUGUGGUGCGCGAGAUCUCGUUUGGCACUACAAAAGACAAAAUGCUGGUAAUUGAGCAGUGUAAGAACUCUAGAGCUGUGACCAUUUUCAUCAGAGGAGGAAACAAGAUGAUCAUUGAAGAAGCAAAACGAUCCCUCCAUGAUGCCUUGUGUGUCAUCCGGAACCUCAUCCGAGACAAUCGAGUUGUAUAUGGAGGAGGGGCUGCUGAAAUAGCCUGCGCUCUGGCAGUCAGUAAAGAAGCAGAUAAGUGUCCGACUUUGGAGCAGUAUGCCAUGAGAGCUUUUGCAGAUGCCUUGGAGGUCAUCCCCAUGGCCCUUUCAGAAAACAGUGGCAUGAAUCCCAUCCAGACCAUGACUGAAGUCCGAGCCAAACAAGUGAAGGAGUCCAACCCUGCCCUUGGAAUUGACUGUUUGCAUAAGGGCACAAAUGAUAUGCAGCACCAGCAUGUCAUAGAAACUUUGAUUGGCAAAAAGCAGCAGAUCUCUCUUGCCACACAGAUGGUUAGAAUGAUUCUGAAGAUUGAUGACAUCCGUAAGCCUGGAGAAUCUGAAGAAUAAAAUAUACCGUCCACCACUGUGACUAAUAAAGGGUGUGUUGUGCUGUGUCUGCACUGACCACUGGUCCUCUCGGUGUGUGAUGCUGGAAUAAAAGCAGCUCUUUGGUAACUGUGCCCCUUGUUCAGAGCUCAGUGCAGGAUA